AUGGCACCGGCCUUUUCGCCCUUCGGGAUCGACGAGUCGCCGGAGGAAGACCCGGAGGAAUACCCGGAAUUCGAGGGGCCCUCUAUAGCCGCUCCACCUCUGGACUACGCGCCAACCAUGGCACCGGCCUAUGCUCCCUUCUUCGCGAUCAGCGAGUCGCCGGAGGAGGCCCCAGCCGGCGCCCCGGAGGCCGAGGCCACCAGCCCGUCCUCCGAGGAGAUGGCCGCCGCCCCAUCCUCCGGAGACUACGACGUGUUGGACGAGGAGGUGCUCGCGCCCGAGGGGGCGGCCGGCAGCGAGGCCUCGUCGGCCGGCCCGGACAUCGAGGAAAGUCCGGCCAGCACGGCGACGGCCGUCUCCAAGGCCCCCGCGCCGGCUGCCGGCCCCUCGGCCGACGUCGAGGACAGCGGUGCGAGCACGAUCGCCCCCACCCGCCGCAGCCUCGUGGCUGCCGUCGUCUUCGCGACCGUCUGCGCCGUGGCUGCUUCCUGA